AUGUUAACGGUCGAGAAGCAGUGGGUUAAUGUGCAGCAGAAGACCUUCACCAAAUGGCUGAACGAUAAGCUAAAGGCCCGCGCCUUGGCCAUCGAGGACUUGGUGACUGAUCUCUCUGAUGGCGUUAUCCUCAUUCAUCUUCUCGAAAUCCUCGGAAACGAGUCCCUCGGUCGGUACGCGUCGAAGCCCAAGCUGCGGGUGCAGAAAUUCGAAAAUGUCAACAAAAGUCUGGACUUUAUUCGAGGGCGGAGGAUCCAGAUGACCAACAUCGGUGCGGAGGAUAUUGUCGAUGGCAACCGCAAGAUUAUCCUCGGUCUGAUCUGGACUCUGAUUCUGCGUUUCACCAUCAGCGACAUCAACGAGGAGGGUAUGACCGCCAAGGAAGGUCUGCUACUGUGGUGUCAACGGAAGACGGCUUGCUACGAGGAUGUGGAGGUUAGGGACUUCUCCUCUAGCUGGAAUGACGGAUUGGCGUUCUGUGCGCUGCUAGAUAUCCAUCGGCCCGAUUUGAUCGACUACGAUUCCCUGGAUAAGAGUGACCACCGUGGGAACAUGAAACUCGCGUUCGAGAUUGCCUCUAACGAGAUUGGCAUUCCGGAUCUGCUCGAUGUGGACGACGUGUGUGAUGUCCCCCGACCUGACGAACGGUCUCUGAUGACCUAUAUCGCCUACUGGUUCCAUGCUUUCUCCCAACUGGAGCGAGUCGAGAACGCUGGACGUCGAGUGGAGAAGUUUGUCAACAACAUGCAUGGUGCAUGGGAUAUGCAGUCUGGCUAUGAACGCCGGAUGCGUGAACUGUUGCGACUGAUUCGAUCUCAGCGGGAAUCAUGGCAGAAUUCCUCAUUUGAAGGAACGUACAAGGACGUGAAAGAGCAGGCCCAUCAAUUUGCGCUCUACAAACGAAAUGAGAAACGGCAGUGGGUGGCCGAAAAGUCGGAUCUCGCGGCCUUGCUGGGUAACAUCAAAACGAAGCUGGGCACGUACCGUCUCCGCUCGUACGAGCCACCAAAGGAAUUGAGCACGGAGACCUGCGAUCAAGAGUGGGAGCUCUUGACCAGGGACGAACACCAGCGCAGCCAGCUGAUUAACGAAACCAUUCGAGAUAUCAAGAAUGCCCUUCGCAGGUCAUUCGCCGACAAAGCAAACGACUUUGCAUUGACCCUAAAAACCCUGUCAUUGGCCAUCUCCGGACUCGAUGGUGAUGUCGAAGACCAGCUAGAUCAUGUCAAGAAGCUCAAUGAUAAUCUCCCACCCCUCGAUGCUUUCCUAGACACCAUUGCCGAGCUGGAUGAGCAGUGCGCGGAGGCUAAUAUUGAGGAAAACGACUUCACCACAUAUACCCUUGAUGAGCUCUCAUAUGAACUCAGUCUGGUGAAGUCCAGCAUCUCGAAGAAGCUGGCAUUCUUGGAGAAUCAGAUGGUUGCUCGCAACAUGACCAACCUCACCCCGAUCCAGCUAGAAGAGUUCGAGUCGGUCUUCCGCCACUUUGACCGCGACUCGUCCAAUACAUUGCACGAGCUUGAGUUCUCUGCCGCAUUGGCCAGUCUGGGAUUGGUCUACGACGAAGAGGAGAUGCAUCAGGUCUACGUGGAAGUUUGUGGGGCGAACCGACUAGCUCAGAAUGCUGGUGUCAGCUUCGAGCAGUUCAUUCGGUUCAUGGUCAGUGUGACGGAGGAUCAGAAUACGGCUGAGCAGGUCUUCCAGAGUUUCAAGGAGGUUGCUGAUGGCAAGCCAUACGUUACCGAGCUCGACCUCCGACACUCGCUCAUUCCAGACGAAGUUAUCGAACAUCUGGUCAAGACAAUGCCUCAACAUGAAGGUCCGGACCUUCUUGAGGACCGUGACUUGCCCAAGUUCGACUACAUUAGCUUCAUGGAAAAGAUGAUCCAGGACCAGAAGAGUAACAGCGGAGCAACGCAGUGA